CAGAAGAAGCGGUUUGUUUUACAUGUUGCUGUGGUUGUUCCCCCGUUUGACUUUGAAAAUAUCGUCUAAUGAAAGGAAGUGUUUGUUUUGGUGGUGGGGGUUGCCAUCCGAAUACAACCGGCUGUCUGCGUGAAAUAGGGAAUGACCGACGAGACAUCAUCGGACAGCUGGAAGAGAAACUCCGGGUGCUCCAGUAUUGAGCAAAUGCUGGCUGUGAAUCCCGGAAAGACGCCAAUUAGUCUGCUGCAGGAGUAUGGAACGCGGAUAGGCAAGACACCCGUGUAUGACCUGCUGAAGGCCGAGGGACAGGCCCACCAGCCCAACUUCACGUUCCGUGUGUCCGUGGGAGAGAUCAGCUGCACCGGCCAAGGCCCCAGCAAGAAGGCGGCCAAGCACAAAGCAGCUGAGGCUGCUCUGAAGAUGCUCAAGGGAGGCCUCGCAGGUCCCACCGCUGUUGGUGUCGAAGGAGAAGUGUUUAUCGGGGUUGACGUGCCUGCUGAUGGAGAGAGCUCCCCAUCGGACAUGAAGACUUUAGCCACUUCUCAACAGUCUGAAUGUAACCCUGUUGGAGCACUACAGGAGUUGGUUGUGCAGAAAGGAUGGCGUCUACCAGAGUACACAGUCACACAGGAGUCUGGUCCAGCACAUCGCAAAGAAUUCACCAUGACGUGCAGAGUCGAGAGGUUCAUGGAAAUUGGAAGCGGAACUUCCAAGAAGUUGGCCAAGAGGAAUGCAGCAGCUAAAAUGUUAGCACGGAUACACGACGUCCCCGUCGACCUGAGGACCAGCAACGACGCAGACCUGGAAGAGGACACGUUUAACUUGAAUACGGGGAGCAGAGCGGAUGCGUGCAAAAGCAAAGGCUACAGCUGCACGUGGGACUCCCUGAGGAACUCCGCUGGCGAGAAGAUCCUUCAGCUCCGCAGUCACCCUCUGGGCAUGCCCUCCGACUCCAACUUCUGCUCGCUGCUAAAUGACCUGUCGACUGAGCAAUGCUUUGAUGUCAGCUACCUGGAUUUAGAGGAGCCCAGCCUGAGCGGGCUGUGCCAGUGUUUGGUGGAACUGUCCACGCAGCCAAUCACGGUGUGCCACGGCUUCGCCCCCAGCGUAGAAGCCGCUCGGGCCAAUGCGGCCCACAAUGCACUGCAGUACCUCAAAAUCAUGGCAGGUGGGAAGUGAUUGGUUAGUACAUGUAUGACGCAUGCCAUGAAUUCAAAAAUCCGAAAUACCUCAACUUUUUUUUUUUUUUAAUGAAAUAACCUACAACGAUAGACCCCUCUAUGGUGACAUUGAAUUGCUGCCAGGAAAAAUUGAAAUGCUAUUUUAUUAGUUCUUUUCCGUUUUUAUACCCACACUAUUACAAAAAGACUACUGAAUAAACACAAAGUCUUUUAAAGACUGCCCAUUUUUACAAGAUAUGUGAUACUGCCUUGGUGAAGUUUAUUCUCUUUUGGCCGCUAUUGUAAUUUUUCACUGAAAACAUGUUUUAAACAUUGGAAAUAAAUUCUUCCAUGUUGCCUUUUGGCACUUUAUGACAGUAAUGUAAAAUAUGAAACAUUUCUCUUCAACCCAAAUGCAGAACAGUGUUUUAAAAAUAAAUGGUAUGAUGAAUUACAGUACCUCACAGUUUUCAUGUCAUUCAACUUCAAUGUUUUUUCUCGUGGUGGCAAGUACGUAUUUCUUUUUUUUUUUUUUUUAGUACUCGACACAAUCAUUAUUCGUCAUGUUUCUUAAUUUCCCACUUUUUUGUAUAUAUUUUUAAUGAAAAUGCAUUAAAUAUACUCUCUGGUUGCCAUUUUUGUUUCACAACUGUACCGAAAACAUUGAUCUUUUCUAUUUUAUUAUUUUGUGACAUCUGGAGCAUUUUGUGUGCUGCUGCACUUGUGUUACAAUUGUUAAGACCAGUUAAAAUAUUGCAUGAUUUUGCUCUGUUUGAUCUUUAGAAGGCUCUGCGUAGUCCUUCAAAAUGCAAAAAGAAAAAAAUUGAAGUAUUUAUUGCAAACAAGCUGUUCAUCAAAAGUUGAAGACCACAGUGUGCAAGGUUUAUUCUCCGAUGAGAAAAAAAUGUAACCUUGACAUUCCUGAUGCUUUUCAAUGUUACUGGCAUGACAAGGAGAUCCCACCUGAUGUUUUCCAAACGGUACAGUGGCGUGGGUGCAUCAUGAUCUGGGGUGAUCUCAGGGUUUGCGUUAUGAUCAUAAAUGUUAGAUCAGCUGAUAACCAGCAUAUAUAUUCCACUUUAAUGCUUUCUUCUGUUUGCAUUUUGAAAACUUAACUUAGAACCUCCUUAAGAUCCAACAGUGCAAAAUGUAUAUUCCUGCAAUUUUUCACCUGGUCUUCAAAUUUUGAUCAGGAGUGUAUUGAAUUAAUGUGGUGCUGUCUUUUUUUUUUUUUUUUUUUUAAUGAAAUGAAAUAAAGUAUGCAGUCUCAGUUUU